AUGUCUCUUCUUGGAUUUCUUCUCCUUGCUGUUUUCCACUUGGUUUCACAUGUAUAUGCCCAUGGUGGUCAUGCUAGUUGGAUUAAUGCUCAUGCUACUUUCUACGGCGGAAGCGAUGCUUCCGGAACAAUGGGUGGAGCUUGUGGAUAUGGAAAUUUAUAUAGUCAAGGUUAUGGAACAAAUACAGCAGCAUUAAGCACAGCAUUAUUCAACAAUGGAUUGAGUUGUGGUGCAUGUUAUGAGAUUAAAUGUGUGAAUGAUCCACAAUGGUGUACUCCUGGAUCCAUUAUAGUUACUGCCACCAAUUUUUGUCCACCUGGUGGUUGGUGUGACCCUCCAAAUCACCAUUUUGAUCUUUCUCAACCUAUUUUUCAACACAUUGCUCAAUAUAAAGCUGGGAUUGUGCCUGUUGCUUAUAGAAGGGUAAGAUGCAGAAGAAGAGGAGGAAUAAGAUUCACAAUCAACGGACAUUCUUACUUCAAUUUAGUACUAGUGACAAAUGUUGGAGGAGCUGGUGAUGUACAUUCUGUGGCCAUAAAAGGUUCAAGAACAAGAUGGCAAGCCAUGUCAAGAAAUUGGGGGCAAAAUUGGCAAAGCAACUCUUACCUUAAUGGACAAAGUCUUUCAUUUGUUGUCACCACAAGUAAUGGUCAUAGUGUGGUUUCAUUCAAUGCUGCUCCAGCUAGUUGGUCUUUUGGUCAAACCUACACUGGAAGACAGUUCAACUAUUAA